AUGACCUACAGUCCACCACAGCAAGCAGAGCAUAUCCGUCACCAACAACUGACCCCCGAGUCGCCGCGCCCUCAACAAGUUCCCUCGCCCGCGAACAUUCCCAUCCUGAGCCUUGACAAGCAGAUGGACCCUGUCUUUGACGAGUCUGCCUACCACACCCAGAAUGCCACUCCCGCGCCGCAGUACCCGUCCGCCGCGUCGCACACACUGAACGUCCCUACCAACCCUGCACCGCACUUUGCCGACCACUCGCACGCAUCGGGCUUCCAAAGUGUAGACGCGCAGUCCGCUGGGAGCUAUGCGCCGACGGGAGCGCCCUCUCCGGCAUACAGCGGCGCCCCAGGUACGCAGACGCAAGAUACCUCUUCAAUCCAGAAUUACUCUGUCUCGCACCAAGCAGCCGCUUCGUCCACCCAUGAUGCGCAAGUGGGCUCCUCCCAGGACCACUCUGCGUAUCCAUUUGCCCAUAACAAUGCGUACCCCGCCCAGCCGGCUCCCGUCCAGUCUGCCCAAGGCGCUCACUAUCAGACUGAGGCCAAUGCUGGCGGCAAUGUUGACGUACAAGCCUUGUUGGAUUCUUUGACGUCUUCUGCAAACGAUGUGCCAUCCGGCCACUAUGCUUCUCAAAUGCCACUCCAGUCAGCCCAGCCGCAAGGCAGCGCCUCCGCUUCUCUCCCCCAGCCGGCGUCCAACCUCCCUCCUCGACCACCGGCGCAGGAGAAGCCCGCCACACAUCCCAACUAUAAUCCCAGCGAUGAUAUUAGGUCAUAUCAUCCUGGCAGCCAGAUGCCGUCUAACACACAGCAGCGCGGCAACGGGCAGUCCCAAGCCCCAAACUCAGGAGGCCAGCAGUCGUCUGUGACGUCACGACAAGGAGCUCAGAGUCCAGCUGCGCCGGGGCCCGGUCAACGGCAUGGAGGACGUAGCGAGACACCGGAUGAUGAGGAUGUUCGAUGGGGGCCGGAGGUGAACAGGCUGUAUGAGGCGUUCCUCGAACAGGAAAGGAAGUUUGUCACAGAGGGCCAGUGGGAUCAGUUUCCAAUGGGUUCGCGCCUGUUUAUCGGCAAUCUCCCGACCGAGAAAGUUACGAAGCGCGACAUCUACCAUCGAUUCUAUCGACACGGCAAGCUUGCACAGAUCUCGAUCAAGCAAGCCUACGGCUUCGUCCAAUUCCUCGAUGCAGAAUCAUGUCGAAGAGCAUUAGACACAGAGCAGGGACAGGCAGUGCGCGGUAGGAAGAUGCACCUGGAGAUCUCGAAGCCUCAGCGCAAUACAAAGAAGGCAGAACCGCAGGCGAACAACGGGCCUCGACGACGUUCACGAUCUCCCGACUAUACAAGGGGUGGUGCAGGGCUUGGCCGAGAUGGACGCUAUGGUGGACCACACAGCUCUCAGUCGCCAAGGGACCGAGACAGGCGCUUCCGCGACAGAGACGACUACCGUCCCAUGCGCUCGCCUUCACCUCGCGGCCCACCACGAGGAAUGCGAUCAAGAGACAGGAGUCGCGACAGGUACGACGGCCGGUACCGUAGCCGAUCACGGACGCCGCCUCGUCGAUACAGGAGUCCAUCACCCAGGCGCGACCCUGACGACGACUUGGGACUACCCCGCAGGCCUCCACACGAGGUACCUGACGUCCAGGUCCUCGCACUCAACGAAGGGCUACCUCGUGAUUUCAUUCGAUAUGUCGAAGACACGUUCCGCACCCAAAACUUACGUAUCAACGUCCUUAUCAUGAGCCCUCGUCUUCCCGAAGCUGCAGUUGUGCGCAGGCAGAUCAUUGAAGGUGUUCUGGCUAUCGUAAGACUCGACACAGGAUCGCUCGCCAAAGGCAAGGUCAAUGUGCAGGUCUUCGAUCGACGCGGUGGUGCUGGCAACGUUCAGUUCAACGGCAAGUCCUGCUCUAUCAAAUAUGCCGACCUUGACAUUGUCACCGCUGCUAUGCUUAUCAACAACGCGAAGCAGACCGCACAAGCAGUCCAACCCGUCAUGCCUGCAUACGGCUAUAACCCGCCUGUGACGCAGUACGCGCAACCUACGCCCGGCUCAUUUCCUCCUGCGCCUGCUGCCCAGCCCAACAACAUCUCCAACAUCAUCUCCUCUCUCGACCCAAGUACGCUCUCGCAGUUACUUGGCGCCAUGUCACAGCAAACCGGCAUGACGCAAAAUUCUCAGCCCACACCUGGUAUCAGCGCAGACCUCGCACGCCUCCUUGCUCAGGUAUCUACUCCUGCCCAGACUCCCGGCUUCAUUACUCCUGCCCAGCCACAAACCCCCCAGCUUGGUCAGCCGCAAUACUCGGCUCUUGCCGCCAUGCUCGGUGGACAGGCACAGCCCACCGCUCAACCUGCUCAGACGCCGACACAGCAAGCUGGAGCUGCUCCUGAUAUGAAAGAGAUCAUGGCACAGUUGGCCAAGUACCAGCGCUAA